GCACGUAUCUACAGGAUGUAAAACAUGAGAAUAAGUGUGGUGAUUGUGGGUGUAUGAAAUGGGAAGUGCCCAACCCGGGUGAUCACAGUAAAGGACACCACCUGGGCAGGGGGUGUACAAAGUGUAAGAGUAGUGAGGAGGCGAAGAAGGAUUGUAAUUGUAAUCCUGGUGGUGGCUGUCAGGGAGCUGACAAGGAGUGUCAAUGCGCUAAGGAAGGCAAAUGCUGCAAGUGUUGUUGUAAGGAUAAGUGUGGGACGUGUAGUGAUAAGUGUAGAUGUGUCAAAGAGGAGGAAAUCAUUUGUCGUGAUAACUAUAGCGCAAAACGCUAUAUAUCAGCAUAUGUAGGAUCACUAAGGAGCUGGGUUGAUGGUGGCGGACUGUACGAACAUAAACCAAAAUGGAACGAACUGAUUACAACUGGAGGCACUACCAGUGGAACUGAGAUAAAGGAUGGUUUGACCCCCUCCCAACGCCGUCACCAAUGUGCCCAGAUAUUACUAGGGUCAGUAUGUCUCAUCUGGAGUGGACUUACCUAUAUGCAUUGGACGGGCAAGUGGGCCAAGGGUAGUCCUUACUGGAACAACCACAUCCUGGACGGUAGUGGUCUAGAUGAUGGUACACUAUCCCAAUGGCUACAGGCCUUAGGAUUUCCUAAAGAUAUGUUGAAUGACAGCGGUCCUGGAAAUAGAUUGGAUGCUGUUAUAUGGGAUGGGUUUAGGGAUAUGCUUUUCUUGGGAUUCCUGGAGCCUAGUGGCCUUGGUUAUGGUGUCAGUGACACUAAUGAUAAUACAGCCAGACAACCAGCUGGUAUGAACUAUCCUGGAUUUGUGCAUACUGCACAUAGGGAUUCAUUCAAUGAACAAGCUAUUGUCUUCAAGAAUGGCAGCUCUAGUACUAGUGACAUUGACCAACACAAACAAGGCGCCCUUUUCAAGCUAUACAUUCUAUCAUGCGCCUACUUCACUGGAUUUCAGAAAAGGACUACUCACAGUACCCCUAGGAAUCCCAAGACCAUCCGUGAGAUCCUCUACUGGCUUAGUGCAUUGCCCUAUAGUCAGGCCUAUAAGCAGAUACUGGAACAUGGUAAGAAGGAACUCGAAAAGGUACUCAAGAAACCCGGAGACACUGACUCUACCAAUGGAGAGACACAACUCAAAUUCCACCAAACAGGCCGUUGGCAUCCUAUUACAGUACAUGAAUACAACCUGUUUGCUCACUUCCAAGCAGUGACUCAGUACUGCCCACUGGUGCUCAUAGGUAUCCAAGGUGGAAUACACAGUCCUAAAGGCAGUGACAGGACUAGAGAACCUGCCAUUCACUCUUUAUAUGCCAACACGGAGUGUAAUUUCACCUAUCCCACAGUGUCCAUCCAAGCAUACAACCAGGUGGUCCACUACAUUAGGGCUCUGUUCUACCAGUUGUACUUUCUUAGGAAGCAAUGUGCAGUUAAAGUGACUUGUGGAGGCAAAUGGCGUGAGUGUAGGUAUGGUAGUGGAGUGCUUGGGAAGGAUGUGGUUAGCUGGGUGUGCCUGGGGUGUGACCCCAUGGAACAUGAUAGGAAAUGUAGGGUAAAGGAGUUGAAGAAGACAUUGGAUGGGGUGAAGGGAGAUGCAGAAAAGGUAAAGGCAGUUUUAGAGAAGAUUGGUGAUGUAGUGGUACAAUUGGGUAAUGCCCAGGAGGUAUUGGAAAAGGAUAUUAAUAAUGAUAAGGUGGCAGUAGCGGCACUAAAGAAAGUAUCAGGGGUGAAUAAUGGAAGUGAUCUAAAGGAUGUACUAGGGAAGGUACUAACGGUAGUGGAAGAGAAGGUGACGGAACUAGAAAGGGUGGUGAAGGAUGAUGGGCAGACAUCACAGGCAGUAAGUAAGGCUAAGAAGGCACUACAGGAGGCUAAGGAAAUGGUGCAGAAAGAUGGUGAUAAGAAGAACAAGCUUAAUGCUGCUCAUCAUGGGUUACAAAAGGUAUUGGAAGCAUUGCUUCUAUUAAAGGAUACAUCGACAAGGCUCGACGGACACAAAGAGGCACUGUUAGAUGCCACAAGCAAACUCACCUCCAUCUGCACCUCUCCCAAGUGCCAGGGAUGCAACUCACACUCCAACAAGUGCGGCAAGGAGGGAAAGCAGACUAUCUGUAAGACCUGCCACCAACAAUACAUGGACGGCACACCAUCACCCCUCCAGGCAUUCCUUGAAGACAGACUACCAGGAUUUAGUUGUGACGUAGUGCGAAGCGAUGACAAUGACACUCCAGACUACCCACUGGCUGCAUCCCACGUAGAACACUGUAAUGGCUCAGGUCAGUGCUGCCCAGUGCCAAUGGGUUUUAGAAAUAACUUCCAGGAAGGAAUCACCCAUAUCGGCCAACGCCUUUAUGGUAUCCUCUACUUCUUUAGUAACGGUGACAUGAUGCAGUCUUGUGUUUAUACACUAGUGAGAGUUACAGCAGCCCUCAGUGCCACCACACCACAGGUACUGGGUGAUGUAUUCGGGUUCUUUAGGGGAGGUGUAGGAAAUCCAUUAAAGGGAAAGCCACAGAAGGGAGAUGAAAAGAACUGUGAGCACCAAGGAGAUCCAAGUGACACUUCUGAGAAGAACAAAGAAAACUACUAUUGCGGCUGGUGUGCCUCUGGGUUACGUGAAGAAGUAAAGAAGAUAGAGUGGAUUCCAAAGGGAGGAAACAGUGAUAAAGGAGGGAAGUACAGAGGGAGUGUCGGUAAAGCGCUAAUAGAUAUUAAGGGCGAGAAGGGCAGUAGUACCACUACAUAUUCCAGCACUGCUACUGCCAAUACAUCCCUAUCACGACUCACUAAGAACUGCCAGUACCUCUCCCCCCUAACCGGUGAACUGUACACCGCAGUGAGUGCCACAUUCGGUAGAACAUACCUCUCAUGGGGACUACAGUCGCUGGCUAGUGAAUUCCAACAGAUUGAGUGCCGUGGCUGUAAGGGAAACUGUGACCCCAAUAAGUGCAAGAAGGGAGCCCAUGGACAGGGUAGUGCACAAUGUAACUGCUCCUCAAUCGUAUCAUGUACCGGGGUACUGCCAGUACUGUAUAGACAUGGCUUCAGCUACGGUAACCCAUUCAAUCUGGAGGGGUAUGAACAGAAGGAUGGAGAGACGGAGGGGGAUUAUAGUAUUACAGAGGAUACGAAGGGGAAGAAGCUGUGUCAUCAAUUCUUAGAGAGUCUCAGUGCAGUGAUUGACAAGAACAAGCAGGACCAGGACCAUCCCCUCAGCAACCUCCUCUCCCAGGUCGGCCAACUCCAAUACGACAUACGGCUCCCGUGGAUCUUUGUUCUCACGGUAGCCUGGCUAGUAGCGGUACUCUAUCUCGCUUUUGGUGCCAUAUGGCCACUGGACUGGACACAUAUGAGGUCACAUUGGUUACGGGGUGGUGAACACCAGUGGCAAUGUAUGUGGUAUAAGGUGAUGACGGGACGGAAGGGAAUGGCAUUGAUAGAGUAUUUUGGUAGGAAGUAGUGGCGACGUAGUGUUAGAGAUUGUAAAUAAAUACA